AUGAUAGAAGAGACUGACAGAAGUCGUGGUAGAAUGAAAACUAAAGCUGUUGUGCUUUUUGCUUGUAUCAUCUUCAUGGUUUUUCUUAUUGUUGAAAUCGGGUGUGCUCCAAAGGGUAAAACCAUAGUGAGAAAUUGGGGCCCACAAUCAAUUCUAUAUCUCAAAGGACGCUAUGGCAGGAGAUACACCUCUGAAAAGGAUGAACAGUAUUACAAGCUUAACCUGGAGGACUUCAGCGCAUUUUUAAAAAGUAAUUUCUGA